CACAGCUUCCCCACACAGUUACGAGAAACUUAAAGCAAAACGACCCAAUUCUGUUUUUUUAUUUUGUUUCCCUUUUUCUAUUUUUUUUAAUUCCUUUUUCCAUUGAAUCUUUGCGUCAUGGUUGCUAACAAAGUAUAUGUCGUUGGUGUGGGCAUGUCCAAGUUUAUCAAGCCUCGUGGUGAGGUCGAUUAUCCAGAAUUCGGCUUGGAAGCGGCUGUAAAAGCAUUAAGAGACGCCAACAUAUCUUAUGACGCUGUUGAAUACGCUACUGUUGGUUACGUCUAUGGCGAUAGUACUGCCGGCCAACGUGUGCUUUACCAACUUGGCAUGACGCAGAUUCCCAUCAUCAAUGUGAACAACAACUGUUCCACUGGAUCGGCGGCUUUGUACCAGGCACGUAACGCGGUGGCAUCCGGUACUGUCGAUUGCGCAUUGGCGCUUGGGUUCGAACGCAUGGCAAGAGGAUCUCUCACGUCGACCUUUUCGGAUCGCACCAAUCCUCUCGAUCAUGUCAAUAUCGUCAUGGCAGGGGAAGUCGGAUUCGACCCCAAAGCACCUCCUGCCGCCCAAAUUUUUGGUAAUGCAGGCAUCGCAUACUGCGAAAAAUACGGUGCCACGCCCCAGCACCUAGCCAAAAUUGCGGAAAAGAACCAUCGACACAGCGCAAAAAACCCUUACUCUCAAUUCCGCGAUAUUUAUACGUUGGAGCAGAUUGAAAAGUCGCCUCAGGUAUUUGGCCCUCUGACGAAACUUCAAUGUUGUCCCACUUCGGACGGCGCUGGGUGCGCCAUCGUGGCCAGCGAAGCGUUUGUGAAGAAGCAUAACUUGAUGGACCAAGCAGUCGAAAUCGUAGCCCAAGUUAUGGCCACUGAUUCACCUAAAAUGCUGUCGACGGAUGCCAUUGAAUGGGCCGGCGCGGACAUGACACGUCGAGCUGCAAAGGAUGCAUACAGAAUUGCCGGUAUUUCGCCCAAGGAUGUUCAAGUCAUCGAGUUGCACGAUUGUUUCUCGGCCAAUGAACUACUUACGUACGACACUUUGGGCUUGACGGCGCCCGGUCAAGCUCACAAACUCAUCGACUCCAAUGAUAACACAUACGGUGGCAAAUUCGUGGUCAAUCCUUCAGGAGGAUUGAUUUCCAAGGGCCAUCCCCUGGGCGCGACCGGUUUAGCACAGUGCAGCGAACUGGUAUGGCAGUUGCGCCACUGGGCUGGUGAUCGGCAAGUACCUAAUGCCACGUAUGCAUUGCAACACAAUGUGGGCCUUGGCGGCGCUGUAGUCGUCACCAUAUACAAAAAGGCAACAGGCACCAUGGCUCAACCCACCGUAGGAUAUAAUCCCGCAGUGGAAGCUCGUCCUAUCACUCAGGAAGAAUACGAGAAGGCAGCAUCCAAAGCCAAAAACAGAGCUGCAUUCCUCGAAGCUAAACUUUAACCAGUCUCACCCAAUCACACACAAAUAUAUUCAUUUAUUUAUUCCUCUUGCUCCCAAAACCAUCAAACUCCAGCAGACGUGACGAGUAAAGUGUUUAUUCUAUGAUAAUAAUGUACAAGCAAAUAGGAAAUAGGAAUAGAUUCAGUAACCUUUCAAGACCUUAUAUGCUAUUACAUUGCUGCAUUGCAAAAUUCAG